AUGAGUAGUACUGAUAUCCCUCUUCAUCUCGAGGUGUCUAAUCGUCAUACUCCUGUCAGGAAACAUCACGCAACUACAUCGUCUGUACUAGACGGGAAACGAAAGAGAUCUAACUCACAAUCCAAUGUUGUUCAAAUACCAACCACGGUGACCACUUCCCAGAAAAAGCAGCCUCCUAAGCGAGGACAGUUUCAAUCUAUUGUUACUUUAAUACCUUUGAAUGAUACUUUUACAAAAAAGCAACUAUCUGUUCCAUACUAUCCAGAUACCAGGAAAUUGGGACGGCCAGCGGGAGCCAAAAUCAAACCUGAUACGACAAACGGGUACUUUGAUUCAAGAGUGCUUAGCAGAAACCAUGCCGCUAUGUUUAUGGAUCCAUCUACAGGGAAAUUAAUGUUGAAAGAUUUGGGGUCAUCAAACGGUACAUACGUAAACGAAGAGAGAAUUGGUACAGAGCCAGUGGAAAUCAAAAUCGGAGAUAUAAUAUACUUGGGCUUCAAUAUACAAGUUGACACGAAUCAUAAACAAAUUACUGCACGUGUGGAAAACAUAAAUGUUAUAUCUAACUUUUUACAACCACCAGAAGGCUCUUAUAAGAGCGAUACAGUUGAAGGAAAGUACAUUGAUUUUGUACAGGAUAUAUACAACAAAGUCCAGGGAUCGAAUUCCAAGCAUACUUAUGGCACAAAAUCUGAAGAACGGUUACUGUUUGAUAGUGCUCUUUAUGGUGAUAUUAACCCCUCCAUCGAGGACGACCUCCUAGGGCUAUAUACGAAGACCAGUACAGGAAUCUUCAAUAAUUCACAUAUAACUAGCACGGGAAAUAUGGAGAGCUUGAUUAAUGUUUUAUCAGUGAAUUUUGCUAAGGUUAAGCAACAGAAUUGUACAUUAGCCACGAUAGAGCAAUUUUUGAUUAAUUACCAAGCGAACGUUAAUGACUUGAACUCUUCAUACUUGAACCAAGAGCUAAAGAAAGGCAUUUCUACCGUUGAGGAACAAGUAAGCAAUGAAAAAAAGAUCUCUCAAAGGCUCAAGGAUGAACUCAAAGAAUACAAGGAACAAAGUGCGGGAAAGGUGGAGAACUUGACGAGGCGAUUGAAAGAUUUAGAAGAUGAGAAAAAGUCUCUUCAUAAUGAAAUGAAGACGUUGUACUCUACAUUCAUUAAUAAGGAGCAGAAGAGCAUAAAUGAAGACAACGCGGAUGACUUCAAUUUCGAUAUCAUAUCUCCUCAAAGGGAAGAAUCUCAAGAUAAAAACGGUUCUUUUGAGAAAGAAAACUCAACUCAAUCUCAAUCUCCUAGUGAAAAUGGAUCCACCGAUUUACCCAGUAAUGAAAAUCAUAGUAUUGGGCUACAAAAUGACUUCCGCCAGUGUCAGCUGCAAUCUAGAGAUUCAAGGGGUAAAAACUCCAAUGCAUUAACUCCUCCGGUAUCCGAUAACGAAGAAAAUAGGAAUGAAAAUAGAGAAAGCAGUGAUUCCACCGAACUCGCGGACUCAGACACAAAUACUAUUGGGAGCAAAUCUAAACUCGAAAGAGGCACGAGACCCGAUGAUGUUAAUAACAUUAAAAGCCAAUCAUUGGCCUUAGGGAUCUCCAUUGUCUUACUCGUUUUUAUCUUUCAAAAACUCUCUAAUUAG